AUGUCCGAGUGGGUGGCCAAGGAGGACGACUUCCAUCUGCAACAGAGCAGAAAACGAGCAGCUAUCCGGGUCAGGGAAGGUCGAGCCAAGCCUAUCGAUCUGUUGGCUAUCAAUCUCAAGUGGGCCGAUCCAAAAGUAUUGCGGGAUAAAGACUCCAGAGACAGGGACGAGGGCGACGAUGAGGAGGACGACGAAGCUGGUCUGGAAAUUGAUCUCGAGGAGCCGUACCUGAUCUUUGAGGUGAGUGGUCUGGUUUUGGCGCCAAUGUCGGCAGCCAUGCCGACAUCUCUACUCCUCUCGCAGAACCUUUCCCUCGACGAGGUGGAAGAGCUACAUCAGGACAUCCAAAUGUACCUCACGCUUGAGAAGAAUCAGCAACAUCUCGAUUUCUGGAAAGUAAGUGGUACUUUGGUGCCUCCAGUGCGCGUCUACCGAGCUGAAGGCACCCGUUGCACUUUGCCUGCUCUGGCAGGCCAUGGUCAUUGUGUGUGAUGACAAGCUCGACGAGUUACGGAUGGUUGAGGAUGGCGCAAACCCUCAACAAAGAUCAUUGGACCCAGCUGUCAGGUCAGAGAUGGAUACUAUGCUAGGCAACAAGACACAUGAGCAGCUGGUCGGUCUGCAGGAUCAAGUUCGAUCAAAGUUGAAGUCUGGAGAGUCGAUCGACGUCGAGUAUUGGGAGGGCCUGCUCAAACAGAUUGUCGUCUGGCGCGCGAAGGCUAGGCUCAGAGAUCAGCAUGAAAACGUUUUGGCCAAUCGCAUUGCUUACCUGAGAAAGAGGCAGAGGCUGGAAGCAGAGAGGAUGCAAGAGGAACUGAGGGCGCAGAUGCAGGAUGGAGAAGACGAUGCCACUGGCCAAUUUGAAGCGCAACAGUUGCCAAGUGGGGCCGAUGCUGACGAGGACCAAGCGGCAGAAGCACAGGCUGCUGCUGCGGAGGCGGAGCUCCUUCGUAUACAGACCGAGUGGGACGAAACGAUGGAGCCGGGCUUCAUUGACCGAAACAGCCUUCCCUACGCCGACCGGCAGGUAGCAGUCGUCGACCCCGAUGAGGAUCGCGUCAAGUUGCUAGAGGCAAGACGCAAGGUUCUUGGUGCGCGCUUCGUCCCUCGCAAUUCUGGUCCACGUCAUGCCAGAGGAGAAGGCGAAGAUGCGGAUGCGUCGAUGUGGAAGCAGGAAGCUUCCAAGCCUAUGGAUGUGGAGGAGGAAGCGUUCAACAAUGCCGAAGAGCUGGUUGGUAAAUCUUAUCAGUGGGAAGACAAGUACAGGCCCAGGAAACCGAGGUAUUUCAACCGCGUGCACACGGGCUUCGAGUGGAGCAGGUACAACCAGACGCAUUACGACUCGGUGGAGAAUCCGCCUCCAAAAGUCGUGCAAGGUUACAAGGUGAGCAUCGAUCGGCGCUUGACCUGAGAUCUUGUUGAUGUCGAUGCCAUCAGCACUCCCCGAGGCCUGUUGCUGACCCCGCCCCUUACCGCUCGUGCCUUUUCCUGCUUCCCGUUCAGUUCAACAUCUUCUAUCCAGAUCUCAUCGACAAGAGCAAAGCUCCCACAUACCGCAUACGCAAGGAUCCGAACGAUCCCGACACUGCCAUCAUCAUCUUCAUUGCUGGUCCUCCUUACGAGGACAUUGCCUUUCGCAUUGGUGAGUGCUUGUAUCGCGCCAUCAUGGCCCGGGAUGGGGGACUGAAUUGUGUUUUGUGCGUGCACAGUGAACAAGCCUUGGAAUCUCGCCCAUCGGAGAGGGUUCAGGGCUAGCUUUGAUCGAGGCAUCAUGCAGCUCUACUGUGAGUUUUGUGCCUUUGCAGAGCGGCUAAAUAAGCUUUCAACAUCGAGACUAGUACUUGAGCUUACUUGCCAUCUCUCUCACACCAAACAGUCUCGUUUCAGCGCAACUUCUAUCGCAAGUGA